AUGCGCUGCAUCCCAUACACGACCCUCUUCGGCGUCGACCCAGCACACGAUGGUCGUCAUCUCUUCGAGACCUCGUGGCUCCUGCCCCCCACCAUCCUCGCGGGUCUGCGUGCGCUGAUCGCCGUCUACAUCUUCACAACCAUCAUCAUCAUCUGGGCGUGGGACGGUACCGACGGGGACCGCAGCGCCAUCGGCCAGUCGUUCAGCUACUUCACUUGGUUGACAUACUGGGGACUGGGGUUUUAUUUCCUGGUCGCCGCCAUCCAUACAGCCUGGUAUACGCGGACGGGCCGCUCCGGACUCUUCAGCCGCUGGCCCCGGGUGUGUCGCGUGCUCCACAGCCUAUUGUACACGACGGUGACGACGUUCCCGUUUCUGGUGACUAUCGUUUUCUGGGCGCUGCUGUUUAAGCCGCCGUGGUAUUCGGAGGUUUUAAAUGGUUGGUCGAAUAUCUCCCAACAUGGCCUCAACUCCCUCUACGCUCUCCUCGAGAUCAUCCUGCCCGCCACCGCACCACACCCAUUCAUCGCCAUCCCCGUGCUGAUCCUGCUACUCCUGCUCUACCUCUGCGUCGCCUACAUCACCUACCACACCCAGGGCUUCUACGCCUACUCCUUCCUCGACCCGGGCGACCACGGCCAGCACAGCGGCCUCGUCACCGGAUACUGCUUUGGCAUUCUUGCCGCCAUCCUGGUCAUUUUCUUCGUCUCCUGGUCGUUGAUUCGAUUGCGGGUGUGGUUGACUGGCGGCAAAAUCAAACGGUCUCGGUAUGAUCCGGUGCGCCAGCAUGGAUUGAGUGAUGGUUCGCUGGAUGGACGGGGUCGGGUGGAAGAGGUGAAACGGGUAUCGGUAUAA